AUGCGGGGCACAAUACUCAUGCAGGAACACCGCAGUAGUACAUAUGGUCAACAAACACAUGGGUUCAAGAGAGUCGAUGCGCUCUGGAAGAUCAAAUUCCCCCAUGAGCCACCUCCGGACACAACGUUACCCCGUCCCACUUCGACUAAAGCAAAACCCCACCCGUUUGCCGGCAGUAUGUGUAAACGAACAUUUCCGCUUCAAAAUGGAUUAACGGGCCACCUUAGAUACAUGCACAAUGUCACAUGCCCUGUCCCAGAGAGAAAGCGCCCGCGAGCCGACGAACCGAUUCCAGAAGAAUCAGCAUUUCCCUGUGACAAAUGUGAUAUGAUAGCGCGAUCUAAAACAGGUCCCAAAUCCCAUAUUAGAGCAAAACAUCCUGAGAACCCCGCAAAAGACGCACCCAAAGUUCAACUAAUCCCCCAACCUGCCUCACUACGCUGCGAAUUUUGUCUACGAGACUUUGGCAACAUUGGUGGUCUCGCCUGCCACAAAAAGUUUAAACAUCCUCCUGGAACCCCAAUUUUGCCAGCAACAAUGCAAGUAACCUUUCCGCGAAAUAAGAAACGCUAG